AUGAUCCAACAGAAAAAAAAGAAAACGAAGCCCCCCAUAAACCUAGCCACGCUGGAAGACAAAAUAAACAUCCUCAAUUUUAUGAAGGAUGACUUUGAAAAAAUUCUCGACAAAGAAAAUGAAAUUCAUGGAAUAGUCACCAAGCAGCACAACACCAAGGAGGAAAAAACCUUAAAUGAAAAGGAAAAAAUAGACAUCAUUUUAAGCGAGCUGUUGCUAUCCUGCGAAGAAAAAAAAAAUCAACUAAAUAAGUAUAUAAAAACUGCCAACGAAAUAAUCAGCCAAAAUAAUGACAUAAUUCAGAAGGAAAAGGAAGAAAUUGAAAAUUUAAUUUUGGGAAAAAAUCAAGAAAUAAAUUCUCUUCAACAAAAAAUUGACUUGGCAAAAUGCUUCUACGACGAUGUAAAUGAUGCAAUGGUGAAACUUUUUAACAACUUGGAUUUAUUUUUAAAAAAUAAAAUGAACGUGGAAUUAACGAUCGAUCAUCUGGGGAAAAUCUCAAAGGGGGAGGAAAACAUGGGCAAUAAACCCCGGGGGGAGAAUACACAACACAGCGACGAACAUGUAAGGGGGUAUAAAAGGGAGAACGAAGGGGAAGACCCAUUUUUACAACAAUUAUAUCACUCCAUGGAUGAAUAUGAAAAGAAAGUUUGCAUCAUUAAAUCGUUUAUGCGGGAAAAUGAAUUAGAUCACCUCUCAGAAAUGUUAUUAACUGAAAAGGGAAGCGAUGCUGGGCUACCUGCACAACUUCCGCACAUCCCUCAAAUGGAGGAGAAGAAUAUGAAGGGGCAAGGUAACAGUCGCAGCGGAGAUCCCCACUCCAGGAAGGACAAACAGGUGAGGUACGAAGAUACAUGCGUGAGUAAAACGGGACAGAGCGGAAUGGAAGACGAUACGGGUGACGAGACUGUCAGCGGGGAGGGGGAAAUGGACGAGGAAGAAAGCGAAGAUGCAGAUGAUGGGGAAGACUUGGACGAUGAUGAGGAUGGAGAGGAGAGCUUGGAUGGUGAUUCGGAUGGAGAGGAGAGCUUGGAUGAUGAUUCGGGUGCGGAGGAGGAAAGUGAAGAGUACGAAAACGACGAUGAGGAGGAAGAAGUCGAAGAGGAGGAUGAAGGCGAAGAGGAGGAUGAAGACGGAGAGGAGGAAGAAGUCGAAGAGGAUGACGACGAGGGGGGGAGCCUCACAGAUGACGCAAGCGCGGAAAGCACGCAGAGAAAAAAAUUCAACUCACCUGCGGAAAGUGCAGACAACUUCGGCGAGUCGCUGGAAGCAACGCCAAAUGGGCAUACAGAGAAAACGUGCGGAAAGAAAAAAAUACUGAACGAUGCAGAAACGACCAUAAAGAGCUUCUCCUCAGAGAUGUACAAAAAAAUAUUAAGCGACAAUAUGAACGUCCUCAUGGACAAAAUAAACAAAAUCGAUUACGACUACGUGUCUUACUUUGAAAAAAAAUUAAAAAGUUAA